GCUGAGCCCCGAAGGCCUCUGCUCUGCGCCCACUCAUUAACGUGCAGCAGCAGCAGCAGCAGCACAGCGCGUCCUCGGAUGCUGCGCCUCCGCUCCCCUCUGCCUCCACUGCGCAGCCGCACUUUCUCCUGGAGGCAGAAGGCAGAGGCGGCGGACGGGAAAAUGGCCCUCGACAAUCUGAUCUUCGUCCAGUGCAUCCUCUAUUUCCUGGCCUUCGUGUUCGGCUUCAUCGCCGUGGUGCCGCUGUCGGAGAACGCGGAGGACUUCGGGGGGAAAUGCCUGCUGUUCACCCGCGGAAUGUGGCAGAACGAGAACAUCACCGUGUCGAAGCAGCGCUUCAUCGUGGAGGAGUGGGGACCCGAGUGCUCCUGCAGCUUCACCACUUUUGUCGGGAUUGCAUCCCUCAUCCUGUCCGCAGUGCAGGCAUGGAGGCUGCUCUUCUUUUUGUGCAAAGGACACGACGAUUCGUUUUUCAAUGCCUUCCUCAACCUGAUGAUCAGCUCCCUGAUGAUGUUCACAAUCUUCCUGUCCAGCACCAUUGUCAGCGUGGGUUUCAACCUGUGGUGUGACUCAGUCACUGAGAGUGGGACCAUACCUAACAGCUGUGAGGAGCUGCAGGACACGGAUCUAGAACUGGGCCUGGACAAUUCUGCCUUCUAUGACCAGUUUGCAAUAGCUCAGUUCGGCCUCUGGGCUGCCUGGCUCACCUGGCUUGGAAUCACAGUGCUGGCCUUCCUGAAGGUCUACCAUAACUACAGACAGGAGGACAUGCUCGACUCCCUGAUCCAGGAGAAAGAACUGCUGCUUGGCCGCUCCUCACGCUGCAACUCUGACCUCAAGACCGGCCUGAUCUAGAAAUUAUAGGCUGCAACACACAUCUCUGCCCUACAGGGCUGGUCACAAGUUUACAUACAAUCAUCAUUCAUACAGAUCUCAUUUUAAUUAAAUCAUGACCCAUUUGAACUUUUUUUUCCUUGGUGGACUGAAAAUACAGCAAAAAGCUUCACUGGAUCUUGCAAAAAAAUAAAUAAAAUUAGAUACACCAGUUUUCUCUAAUUUAUUGAUGUUCAAAAUGUUAUGUACAGGCUCACUUGUAGAAAAAAUUAAAUGCUAUUUGUGGCCUUCAACAAGCAUCUGCCAUGAUUCUGGUUUGGUUUAUGGCGGCCCCUCUUAGCUAAAUUGCAGAUUUAAUUUAAACUGAUUGGUUUCUUGGCUCCAACACAAUUUUCAAACAUCGUUUAUAUAUUUUGAGCUAAUUUAAGGUCAGUGCUUUCCAAAAGCUUAGUGUUAGCUUGCUUUAUCUAGUCCAGAGUCUGUUUUCAUAUGUUUAGGAUGUUCAUCCUGCUGGAUCACUCAGUAUUGUCCACGUUUCAACUGUUUGACCCAGACUGCCCCCUCAGAUGAAAUGUAGUUAUAUGUGAGGCUCAGGUCUAAUAAUAAUAAUAAUAAAUUGUAUUUGUAAUGCACUUUACAUUUAAGAAAAAUCUCAAAGUGCUACAGG